AGUUCAGUACUGUUGGAAUAAUCUAAGCCAGACAAGAACUAGUCGAAGAAGCUGAAGAGAGAAAUAGAUCCUCUUGAUCUGUCAACUAUAUAAUAUGCAGCAGCAGCAGCAGCAUCCGAGCAACCCCAGCAUCACUCAUUUAGUCCCCUUGUCUAAUUAUGACGUUACUCAUGAGCUCAAACUGGAAAAUGGUCAUUUGGCAAUUCAUGGGCUUGGUGGGCUUGUUCCCACUGCCCCGGCAAGGACCACCUGGAGCAAUAGGGCUUGUGACACACUGGAAUCAAUCGUCCAUCAAGCUACAUGCCACCAAGUACCUGAAGCAAAUUUAAGCUCAAUGGUUGCACCCUCCUGUGGAACACGGACUGACGAUUACGGCCAGCCAAUGGCAAACGGUUGGAUCAGGAAACAUACCCGAUCGGAUUCCGACUAUCAUGGAAAAAAUGUUAGUAGUACUAGUACUACUAGCAAUGUUCAUGAAGAACCAACCGAGUACCAUAUGCACAAUGAAACAACUCUGAACACAUGGACUUCUUUUGGAUCGACUAAGACCAAAAGCAACGACGAUGAUUUCACUUGUCAUGAGGAAAACCAGGAUGUGGGUGGAGAGACCACAAAAGACCAUGAAUCAGGCCGUUCACGAUCACGGUCACGACCACGGCGAAUUGCUGCCAUCCAUAAUCAGUCAGAGAGGAAACGAAGAGAUCGAAUCAAUCAGAAAAUGAAAGAUCUACAGAGGUUGGUACCUAAUGCCAAUAAGACCGAUAAAGCUUCAAUGCUUGACGAAGUGAUCAGAUACUUGGAAUUACUUCAAGCACAAGUUCAAAUGAUGCAUAGCAUGAGAAAUAAUAUGCAGCCUCACAUGAAUAUGAUGAUGCCUUCAGGAAUGCAGCAGCAACAGCAGCAACAGCAUCUUCAUCAAAUGUCAGUCCUAGCGCGCAUGGGAAUGACUCCGGCUGUUCCUGGAGCGAUAGGAAUGGGAAUGGUUAAUGUAGGCAACAUGGCAAGAAUGUCUCCCCAUCAAUCUGUACAGCAGCCGCUCAUUCAUCCUACUCCUGCAUCAUUUCUUCCACCCUUUAUGGUGCCUCAAAUGAUGCCACCAAACCCUGAACCUGCUACUAAUUGUGGUUCAGACUCUUUUGCUGAUCCAUAUUGUGCCUUCCUUGCACAACAGCAAUCAAUGAAUAUGGACCUGUUCAACAAGAUGGCAGCCGUGUUUCGUCAACAAGUCAAUCAUCAAUCGGCAGGAAGCAGCCAAUCACAGUCGAAACAUUAAGAAGAAGAAGCAGAAGUAGAAGAAGAAGA